GAUGGAUGAGGAAAACAUGACGAAAAGCGAGGAGCAGCAGCCUCUGAGUUUGCAAAAAGCCUUACAGCAGUGCGAACUGGUCCAAAACAUGAUAGACUUGAGCAUCUCCAACCUGGAAGGGCUUAGGACCAAAUGUGCUACCUCCAACGACCUCACACAAAAAGAAAUCCGGACCCUGGAGAGCAAGCUGGUGAAGUACUUCAGCCGGCAGCUGUCCUGCAAAAAGAAGGUGGCCUUGCAGGAGCGCAACGCUGAGCUGGACGGCUUCCCCCAGCUACGGCACUGGUUCCGGAUCGUCGACGUGCGCAAGGAAGUCCUGGAGGAAAUCUCCCCUGGCCAGCUGAGCCUGGAGGACCUCUUGGAGAUGUCGGAUGAGCAGGUGUGUGCGACCGUCGAGAAAUACGGAGCCAACCGGGAGGAGUGUGCCCGCCUCAACGCCUCCCUCUCCUGCCUCAGGAAUGUCCACAUGUCAGGAGGCAACCUUUCCAAACAAGACUGGACCAUCCAGUGGCCCACCACAGAGACGGGGAAGGAGAACAAUCCCGUGUGCCCCCCAGAGUCCACCCCGUGGAUCCGCACCCAUCUCUCGCAGAGCCCCAGGGUCCAGUCCAAGUGCGUCCAGCACUAUUGUCACACCAGCCCCACUCCCGGGGCCCCUGUGUACACCCACGUGGAGAGGCUUACUGUGGACGCCUACCCGGGCUUGUGCCCGCCCCCGCCACUGGAGUCGGGCCACCGUUCCCUGCCCCCAUCGCCCCGGCAGCGGCACGCGGUCCGCACCCCACCACGCACCCCCAACAUCGUCACCACCGUGACCCCGCCGGGCACGCCGCCCAUGAGGAAGAAGAACAAGCUGAAGCCCCCGGGGACCCCACCGCCCUCCUCCCGAAAGCUGAUACACUUGAUCCCGGGGUUCACCGCACUGCAUCGGAGCAAAUCUCACGAGUUCCAGCUGGCGCACCGCGUGGACGAGGCCCAUACGCCCAAAGCCAAGAAGAAGAGCAAACCCUUGAACCUCAAGAUCCACAGCAGCGUAGGCAGCUGCGAGAACAUCCCCUCCCAGCAGCGCUCCCCGCUGCUGUCCGAGCGCUCCCUCCGCUCCUUCUUUGUGGGACACGCGCCUUUUCUGCCUUCCACCCCUCCUGUUCACACCGAGGCCAACUUCUCUGCAAACACACUGUCAGUGCCACGCUGGUCCCCGCAGAUCCCUCGCAGAGACCUCGGCAACUCCAUCAAGCACAGGUUUUCCACCAAGUACUGGAUGUCUCAGACAUGCACAGUCUGUGGGAAAGGGAUGCUUUUUGGCCUCAAGUGUAAAAACUGCAAGUUAAAGUGCCACAACAAAUGCACCAAAGAAGCCCCACCCUGCCAUCUCCUGAUUAUCCAUCGAGGGGAUCCAGCAAGGUUAGUCCGGACAGAGUCCGUUCCAUGUGACAUCAACAACCCUCUACGGAAGCCACCUCGGUAUUCAGACCUGCACAUCAGUCAGACGCUCCCCAAAACCAACAAAAUCAACAAGGACCACAUCCCCGUCCCUUACCAGCCAGACUCCAGCAGCAACCCCUCCUCCACGACGUCCUCUACACCCUCCUCGCCAGCACCCCCUCUCCCUCCUAGCGCCACGCCGCCUUCUCCCCUACACCCUUCCCCGCAGUGCACACGGCAGCAGAAGAACUUCAAUCUGCCAGCAUCCCACUACUACAAAUACAAGCAGCAGUUCAUCUUCCCAGAUGUGGUGCCAGUGCCAGAGACACCGACCCGGGCGCCCCAGGUGAUCCUGCAUCCGGUGACCUCGAAUCCAAUCUUGGAAGGAAAUCCAUUACUUCAAAUUGAAGUGGAGCCAACGUCAGAGAAUGAAGAGGCCCACGACGAAGCCGAGGAGUCAGAGGAUGACUUCGAGGAGAUGAACCUGUCCCUCCUCUCGGCCCGGAGCUUCCCACGCAAGGCCAGCCAGACCAGCAUCUUCCUUCAGGAGUGGGACAUCCCCUUUGAGCAGCUGGAGAUCGGCGAGCUCAUUGGAAAGGGCCGCUUUGGGCAGGUGUACCAUGGCCGCUGGCAUGGUGAGGUGGCCAUCCGGCUGAUUGACAUUGAGAGGGACAACGAGGACCAGCUCAAGGCCUUCAAGCGGGAGGUGAUGGCCUACAGGCAGACGCGGCACGAGAACGUGGUGCUUUUCAUGGGCGCCUGCAUGAGUCCACCUCACCUGGCCAUCAUCACCAGCCUCUGUAAGGGACGGACACUCUAUUCUGUUGUGAGGGACGCCAAAAUCGUCUUAGAUGUCAACAAAACCAGGCAGAUUGCUCAAGAAAUUGUGAAGGGCAUGGGUUACCUCCACGCCAAGGGAAUCCUGCACAAGGACCUCAAGUCAAAGAACGUCUUCUACGACAAUGGCAAAGUAGUCAUCACAGACUUUGGACUCUUCAGCAUUUCUGGAGUGCUGCAGGCUGGCAGGCGGGAGGACAAACUGCGCAUCCAGAAUGGUUGGCUGUGCCACCUGGCACCGGAGAUCAUCCGCCAGCUGUCCCCCGACACAGAGGAGGAUAAGCUCCCCUUCUCCAAACACUCUGAUGUCUUUGCCCUUGGCACAAUCUGGUAUGAACUCCAUGCCAGGGAGUGGCCUUUCAAGACCCAACCAGCAGAGGCAAUAAUCUGGCAAAUGGGCACAGGCAUGAAACCCAACCUCAGCCAGAUCGGCAUGGGAAAAGAAAUCUCGGACAUUCUUCUCUUCUGCUGGGCCUUUGAACAAGAAGAGAGACCUACCUUCACCAAGCUCAUGGACAUGCUGGAGAAACUGCCAAAGCGAAACCGCCGCCUGUCUCACCCCGGACAUUUCUGGAAGUCUGCAGAGUAG